AUGAACAACUUGAUCAAAAGUUCAUUGUUUAGGUAUAUUAAACCAUUAACCGUAUUAGUGCCUCAACCCACGACCAGACGUUGCUUAUCCAUAAUGUCAACCAUUAAUAAUGACAAUAUAAUUGCCACUACCCCAAUAAACAAGAGAGUACAGGAAACAAAUACUGUUACGAAAGUUAAAAAGCAAAAAUUGAAAAAAUACAAAGCUAAGAAGGCUGACCCAACCUCACCUUCUGGUGUUUUACAAUUCGAAAUCGAUGACCUUUUGAAGACUCAUAAUUUAACAAGAGAUGAGGUUUCAAAUGAUGUUUCCACUAUAUUGAACGAUUUUUCGAAAGAGGAUGAAAAUUCCAUUACAAAGAAAUACCAUCGUAUUGUAAAUGAUGUUGAAAUUUUAGUACUGACCUCUAGCGGUGAUGGUCUUGCGCUAAUAGACCAUCCAGUUGAUUCAACUAAGAAACAAAUAGCUAUUGUCCCAUUUGGUUUGCCUGGUGAUAUUACAAAUAUCAGAGUCUUCAAGACUCACCCAUAUUAUGUCGAAACAGAUUUAUUGGAUGUAAACAAAAAAUCACCUAUCAGAAGAGAUGAUUUGAUUAGGGAUAAGUAUUUCGGUAAAGCCUCUGGAAGUCAAUUUGAAUUCCUUACUUACGAAAAACAAUUAGAAAUUAAAAUGAACACUAUUUCUAAUGCGUAUAAAUACUUUGCACCUCGUCUGGUUGAAGAAUGUAUAUUACCAGCCACCGGUACUACAAUUCCAUCCCCACUCCCAUAUUACUAUAGAACCAAAAUUACUCCACAUUUUGAUAUGCCAAGAAGAGCUAAAGUACUAGAGGAGAGACCUCCUUUAGGUUUUGGUCAAAAAGGUAGACCAACCUGGAGAAAGGAAACUUUAGAAGUUGGAGGUCAUGCCUCCACACUAGAUAUUGACGAAUGUGCAUUAGCAACAGAUAUUCUAAAUAUAGGUCUAACUAAUGAAAGAAGAAGGUUUGAUAAGGAAUUUAAAAACUAUAAGAAAGGUGCUACUAUUUUAUUGAGAGAAAAUACAAUUGUUUUUGACGAAACAAAGACUAUUAAAGAACAACUGGGAGAAGGGUCAAGAGAUGAGAAUGGUGAAGUUAGUUACGUUGAGGUAGAAGACAAGGAACGCGGCGUUAAGUUAAUCAAGACAUGUGUUACCAAUCAAAAACAAAUUGUUUCAGAGUAUGUUGACGGUUAUACAUUUAACUUUACAGCUGGUGAAUUUUUCCAAAAUAACAAUUCUAUUUUGUCUACUGUCACCAAAUAUGUUAGAGAAAACUUACAAAUUCCGAAUUCGAAGAUUGAUGAACCAAAUUACUUAGUAGAUGCUUACUGUGGUUCUGGUCUAUUCAGCGUAUGUAGUUCGAAAGGUGUCGAAAAAGUCACAGGUGUCGAAAUUUCCGCAGACAGUGUUUCAUUUGCUGAAAAGAAUGCAAAGCUUAAUGGAAUUGAAAAUUGUGAUUUUAUUGUAGGUAAAGCUGAAAAAUUGUUCGAAUCCAUUAGUACACCAAAUGAUAGAACAUCUGUGAUUUUAGAUCCACCAAGAAAAGGUUGUGACGAAGUAUUCAUGAAACAAUUAGCCGAAUAUUACCCCGCUAGAAUUGUAUAUAUUUCUUGUAAUGUUCAUUCUCAAGCUAGAGACAUUGAAUAUUUUAUUAAAGAGACAGAAAAGGGUAGUCAUUACAAGAUUGAGAGUUUGAGAGGGUUCGAUUUCUUUCCUCAAACCCACCAUGUAGAAAGUGUAUGUGUUUUAUCUAGAGUAUGA